AUGGCAAUUGCUGUGGAAGGCGGGUUUAGCGCAGAUGGGGACAUGAUUGACCCGUCAGGGAACUUCGCUGCGGUGGAGCCGACAAUAUCCUACCGCCUGUGUGUAUACACCGCAGCAAGUGCAGGUGCAGCUGCUGCUGUGGCUAAAGGUCUGACGGAUAUCUACCGCCGCUGCAGCAGCAAGCAGCAGCAGCAAAAACGUGCAGAGGUGGACGAGGAGGGGCAGGAGCAACAGCAACAGUGGCGUAGUGAUUUGACGCUGCUGCAGCAAUAUCAGGAGCAGCUGCUGCAGCAGCUGUCCUUUCUUGCGCUUGACGACCCUGAUGUUCCUCCUGCUAUUGCUGCAGCAGCAAAACACCUUGCAGAAACCAAGCACGCAGUUGCUGAUUCCGCUCCGUCUGCUGCCUGGGUUGAAGAGAUUCUUCCGAGCAAGUACGCCAACGAUUUGCCAGUGGUGGAAAACCCGCCAAAGAUUUCGCCUUCUAAUUGGAAGUGUGCAGACUGCGGUGCCUCAACGAACUUGUGGCUUAAUCUCUCAGACGGGUUCAUUGGCUGCGGGCGGAAGCUGUAUGGCGCUGGCGGCGGCUGCGCGGACGGGCGCGAGGGAGCUGCAAUUAGGCACUACAAGGAAACAGGCUCAAUCUAUCCCCUUAUUGUCAAGCUAGGAACGAUUUCUGCAGAUUCAGCAGACGUUUUUUCUUACGCUCCAGAUGAAGACAGCACCGUCAUCGACCCGAAACUACCCGAACACCUUGCUAGGUUUGGAAUUGAGACGCAGCAGCUACGCAAGACCGAGCGCAGCACGAAUGAGUUAGCGAUAGACCUAAACUGCAAGUAUGACUGGGCCUCUUUAACUGCUUCUGCAGCAGAGCAACAGCCUCAGCAUCAGAGAGGAGCGGGCUUUGUUGGCCUAAGAAACCUGGGUAACACCUGCUACGUCAACGCGGCUUUGUUUAGCGUGCCUCGGUUUUGCGAGAAGUUCCUGCGUUUGUACGAGCCGCUAAUUUGCUGCCAAGGCCUUCCCUCAGCAGCUGCAGCAGCAGCAGGAGGUCCAGCGAAGUGUCUUUCGUUGCAGCUGGGCGCUCUCUCUGUGGCGCUGCAGACGCGGCGGGUGUGCAUGCAGAAGGGCUUGGGGAUGAUGCUGCUGCAGAAGGCACUGCAACGGCAAGACAUUAAAAUCGAGGAGAAGCAGCUUAUCAACGGUAUGCUGUCUCAAGUGCUAUUGCUGCUACUCCCUGCGCGGCAUGCUCUGUGCAUGCCUGCAUCUUCCCGCAGUAGCAAAGGCUGCUGCAGCAAUUGCAGCGGCAGCGAAGUCCUUGUCGUGACAAACGACGCUGAUGCUGCAGCUGCUGUUGCUGUUGCUGCUGCUGCAGAUCUUCCUUAUCUGGCUCAUGAUGCGGUGUCGCCGUUGUCCCUGCGCUCUAUCAUCGGCUCCUUGCAUGCGGAAUUUGCCACGAGCCGACAGCAGGAUGCGGAAGAGUUUUUGUCUCUGCUUCUUUCUUGGAUCGGUGACAGAGAGGGUGGAGACCGAAGACAGGUGCAGCAGCUCAGGCAGCAGCUGCAGUUGGGGGAGAACUCUGCCGUUUCCGCCGCUGCUGCUGCACUUGGGGUUACGGAUGAAACAUUAAAGCAAGCGGAGGAAGGGCUUAGAGAUGGAACAGUUGAUUCGCUCUUCUCUUUCGGGGUAGAACAGCGGCUGGAGUGUCUGCAGUCGCGGCAAGUACGGUACACGUACAGCCGGCAGCAGGUGUUGGCGCUUCCUAUCCCGGUCCACGUACAGCAAGAGGAGGAGGAGGAGCAGCAGCAGCAGCAACGGCAGCAGAAGAGGAGAAAGGGAGCAGAGGGAACGCCCACGGAGUCGGACACGGGGGCUGAAACAGGAGGGGACACAACCGAGACACGCGGUGAGUCAGAGGAGCCCGUGGCUGCUGCGGCUCCCUCGGUGCCUCUUUCAAGCUGCAUAGCGGCUGCGGCUGCUGCUGCUGCUGUCAAUGAUUACCUUUCUCCUGCCACGGGCGCAAAAGGCGACGCUGAAAAAACGCUUCGACUCACCAACUACCCAGAAUACCUUCUUGUCUUCCUCAAGCGCUUCUACAUUAGCGAAAGGUGGAUCCCAAAGAAACUGAAGUGCUCUGUGGAGAUCCCUGAGGAGGUCUCGUUUGAAGAGCUCCGGGCUUUUGGCCUUCAGCCAGAAGAGGUUGAGCUUCCCGACGAGCCUCCUCGGCAGCAGCAGCAGCAGCAGGGCAACACCUCCGAGACAGCAGCUGGAGCGGCUGCAGCUUCACCAAGCGACGAAGUUGUCGCUACGUUGGAGUCGAUGGGGUUCUCCAGUAACGCCGCCAAACGGGCAGUUCGUGCUACUGGAGGUGCCGCAGCUGAGACCUGCGUGGAGUGGCUGAUGGGUCACUUGGACGACCCGGAUCUCAAUGAUCCUCUCCCUGAUGUUGUUGCCCCUCCAGCAGCGACAGGGGGAGCAGCAGGAAGCGCAGGAACAGCAGAUGCGCAAGAUCAGCCAGAUGCAGAAGCUGUGGCUAAUCUGAUGGCUCUGGGUUUCGAUGACCGCAGUGCACGCGCAGCGCUCUUUGCCACUAGACGACGGACGAGUUCAGCAGGGAUGCGUACCGAAGGAAGCUCCUUUGAUACUGGGCGUGCUGCUGAUUGGUUGCUGACUCAGGGAGCGGGGCUUGCUGCAGCAGUGGAGGAAGCGCUUGCGGCUGCAGCAGCAGCUGCAGCAGCAGCAGCAGCAGCAGCGGAGGCGCGGGAGGCGGAAGCUCGGGAGAAGCAGGCAGAGGAAGCUGCAGCGGCAGGACUGUCUCCUCUAGAGCGAUGCCGAUUGGGUUUAGAAGAUGGCCGCGGGAAGUAUCGUUUGUUUGCGUUUGUUUCUCAUCUGGGGUCGAGCGUCUCUGGGGGUCACUACAUCUGCCACGUGCGCAGCAAAGAUGGAAGCGGCUGGCUGCAGUACAACGACGAGAAAGUGACAAGGCUGCAGAGCUGCGACAGCCGCCAGGCUUAUCUUCUUCUGUUUAAACGAGUAGAGACAGGCAGCAUGGACGCAACCGCAGCUAUGCAGAAAGACGUCUAG